AUGGUUGCCAACAAGAGCCUCAUUUUCAAGAAGGCCCCUCCUUCGCUACCAGUCCCCGGCGAGCAUCUCGUAGUCGAAGAGCGACCAUUCGACCUGCAAGCAGUCCCAUCCGGAGGCCUGAUCGUUGAGGUGCUGUCUGUUUCGCUGGACCCCUAUCUGCGUCACAGCUUGCGCGACCCCGAAGAUGACAAGACUCCAUCAUACAUGACUCCUUUUGAGCUGAACGAGCCGUUGUACAACAGCACAAUUGCACGGGUGCUCAAGUCAGACAGCAAACAGUACGCCGAGGGGGACCUGCUCUAUGUCACUGCUCCCUUCGCCCAAUACGCCGCUAUAUCCAGCGACAAGCUUCCGUCCGCCACCAAGCUCGACAACCCAGACAACCUAUCACCAGACUACUUCCUCGGCCCCCUUGGCAUGCCUGGCUUGACGGCGUACUCGUCGCUGUACCAGAUCGGAAGGCCCAAGGAGGGCGAGACCAUUUUCGUGAGCUCCGCCGCGGGUGCUGUGGGUUCCAUGGUCGGUCAACUCGCCAAAGUCGAGGGCCUCACCGUCAUCGGCUCCGUGGGUAGCGACGAGAAGCUUGAUUACAUCCUGAACGAGCUCGGAUUCGAUGGUGGGUUCAACUACAAGAAGGAAGCACCCGUGGAUGCUCUCGCCCGACUUGCUCCUGAAGGCAUCCACAUCUACUACGAGAAUGUGGGCGGUGCGCAUCUCGAGGCGGCUAUACAGCACCUCAAUACCUUUGGGAGGAUCGUCGUCAGCGGCAUGAUCGAGGGCUACAACAAACCACUAGAGGAGCGAUACGGAGUCAGGAAUCUCGUCGAGUUCUUCGGCAAACGCUUGAGCAUGCACGGCUUCCUCGUAGCAGAUCCAGACUUUGGGCCGAAGUACACCAAGGAACACCAGAAGAACGUGCAGAAAUGGAUAUCCGAAGGCAGUCUCAAGGCCAAGCUUCAUGUCACACAUGGCCUUGAUCAUGCGGCGGGAGGAUUCUCCCAGCUGUUCCAGGGUAAGAACUUUGGAAAGGCCGUGUUGAAGAUCAAGGAGUGA